AUGGCUUUCGCACUCAAUCACGUUCACCUCAAGACCCCCGAUCCCAAAUCCACUGCCGAUUGGUACGUGGCCAAUCUGGGAGCCACGGUUACCGCCGAAACCGCCAAUGGUGGUUUCCGUCUCGACCUGCACGGCCUGCCCCUCAACGUGACAGACCACAUCUCCACCCAGACUCACCCGCAGAACUACGGCUUCGAGCACAUCGCCAUCGACACCGAUGACAUUGACGCAACCAUCGCCGACCUGAAAAACGGCGGGGCAACCGUCCUCGAAGAAACCUCCGUUGGCGGAGGCCGCCGGGUAAUGUUCUUCGAAGGACCCCAGGGCAUUAUUCUUGAAGUCCUCGAGAUCAUAAACUAG